CUCUGCAAAUAGAAAUAAAUACCCUAUCUUUCUCUCAAAUUCCGUAACGCACUCUCUCUCUCUCUCUCUCUGUCUCACACGUCUCAGUUUCGUCCUCGUCCUCGUCCUCGUCCUCGUCCUCGCUGUACCUCAUCGUCGUGUGACGUCAUUUGCCGGCGAUUAUGGGUCUCAAGUCUUUCAUUGAAGUCCACUCGGACUCUCAUUUCCCGAUCGAGAACCUCCCGUACGGCGUGUUCAAGCCCGAACCCGGUUCAGAGCCUCGGCCGGGCGUUGCAAUAGGCGAAUAUGUUUUGGACUUAUCGGUGAUAGCUUCGGCCGGUCUUUUCGACGGGCUGACUCUCAAGAACUCCGAUUGCUUCAAUCAGCCUAAUCUUAACAAGUUCCUGGGAAUGGGACGGACAGCAUGGAAGGAAGCUCGUGCAACAAUUCAAAAGCUGUUAUCAUUUAGUGAACCGGCAUUGCGCGACAAUGCAAUUCUGAGGCAAAAAUCACUUGUGCCAAUGGACAAGGUGCAAAUGCUUCUUCCUAUUGCAAUAGGAGACUACACAGACUUCUUUUCAUCGAUGCAUCAUGCAAAGAAUUGCGGUACUAUAUUUCGUGGACCAGAGAACCCAAUUCCAGCAAACUGGUUCCACCUUCCUAUUGCAUAUCAUGGACGAGCAUCAUCUAUUGUUAUUUCCGGCACUGAUAUUAUCAGACCAAAAGGUCAAGGUCAUCCAUCUGCCAAUUCGCCACCAUAUUUUGGACCUUCGCGAAAGCUAGACUUUGAGCUAGAAAUGGCUGCUGUAGUUGGUCCAGGAAAUGAAUUAGGAAAGCCUAUCAAUGUCAAUGAGGCUUCUGAUCAUAUCUUCGGACUUGUCUUGUUGAAUGACUGGAGUGCUAGAGAUAUUCAAGCGUGGGAAUAUGUGCCUCUUGGUCCUUUUCUUGGGAAGAGUUUUGGUACGACGAUAUCCCCAUGGAUUGUGACCUUAGAUGCUCUAGAACCCUUUGCUUGUGAUGCUCCCAAACAGAGCCCUUAUCCAUUGCCAUAUCUUGCCGAAAAGAUAUCCAAAAAUUUUGACAUUUCCUUGGAGGUUCUAAUUAAACCUGCUGGACAAAAGCAUUCAUCCAUUGUUACAAGGAGCAACUUCAACCACUUGUACUGGACAUUGACUCAACAACUUGCACAUCAUACUAUUAAUGGUUGCAACUUGAGGCCUGGCGAUCUCCUUGCGACUGGGACAAUCAGUGGACCUGAUCCAGAAUCUUAUGGAUGCUUACUAGAGUUAACAUGGAAUGGACAGAAACCACUAUCUUUGGGUGGAACAGAUCGUCAUUUUCUAGAAGAUGGAGAUGAAGUCACUUUUACCGGUUGUUGCAAGGGGAAUGGUUACAAUGUUGGAUUUGGAACGUGUUCUGGGAAGAUUCUUCCGGCACCACUUUGAUCAGCUACUGCAUAUGGUGACCUGAAUGUUCCUUAAUGCAUAUCCCGGAAGACGGUCUAGCAGUCUCGUAUUCCUUCCUAAGUUUAGCCCAUCCAAGUAGGUAGCAACUAAGGACUUAAAAGGUUUUUUUUUUCCUUCCCAGAAUUUGUUACUACAAGUUGAUAUGUCCUUGUGCUAUGUAAAUCACAAUUGCUCCAGUUUAAGUACUUAUUUCUAUCAAUAAUGACAUGUUAAUAGCACUGAA